AUAUGGGCACGGCCAAUAGGAAAGCUGUUGGGCUGGCGCUUCCGCGUUGUGCUGCGAGGCGUGUAGACAGACGGGGACUCUAAAUGACGAGAAGUCACGUGUAACAAGCGACUCGGCCAAUGGAAAUGCUCGAGGACCCGGAAACGGGGAAGAAGCAGAGGGAAGGGCGGAGAUGCUUGUCACGUGCGGCCAAUAUAGACAAAGCAGGCCCUCCCCCUAGUCUCCCAAGUUCAGGUGCGCACCACAAGAGCCCAGAAAAGAAAGGCGGGGCUAGCCCGAAACACCAAUGAAAGCGAGAGUGGGCGGGCUCGCGCUUAGGUGCAGGAGGCGGAGCUUGCCCAGCCGGGCCAAUGAGGACACGAGGCGCUGGACGGUUGUUAGACAGGGAAGGUCGGCGCAUGGCUGACGCGGCACUGUUCGAGUUUCUGCACACGGAAAUGGUAGCGGAGCUGUGGGCGCAAGAUCCGGACCCCGGCCCCGGGGGACAGAAGAUGAGCCUGUCGGUCCUGGAGGGCAUGGGCUUCCGCGUGGGCCAGGCCCUGGGCGAGAGGCUGCCCCGGGAGACGCUAGCCUUCAGGGAGGAGCUGGACGCCCUCAAGUUCCUAUGCAAAGACGUGUGGGCGGCCGUGUUCCAAAAGCAGAUGGACAGCCUCCGCACCAAUCAUCAGUUCCCAUUAGGAGCCCGUGCUGUGCCGGGGCCCGGCGGGCCGCUCCACGGGCCUGGGCUGCAGCUUCUCACCACCACCCUGGAAGGUCACGCACCCAGCGGGGCAGGACACCAGGCCCGGGGCCGAAGGCCCGUGGGUCCUCGUGCAGCUCUGAAGGACGGGCCCGUGACCGACCACCACGGUUUUGAGGGAAGGGUCCUUCCAGACCUCAGCCCUGCGGGGCUGGGCCCUGGGUCCUUGCUUCCCCUCCUCGCUAGCAAAGCCUGCUUCCCCUGGGGCAUGCCAGCCUGGAGGAGACAACCCUUGACGAUGAGCUGGUCUAGUGGUUUCGAACACUUUUCCCGUCACCCACACAGCCAUGGGAUGCAGGCCAGGUGGGCAGGAAGCAUCUCCACCCUAGACCGUGAGGAAACUUGAGGCCCCGCUGAGGCCACCCAGGCUGUUGGCGCAGGGCAGGGAUGAACAUCUCUGAGCUACGGGGAUGCUGCCUUUCCCCUCCGGUCCCAGCCUCAGGCUAAAGCCAGCCCUUCUCUUCCAGGUAAGUUCCAGGUGGUGAUCCAGAGAUCCUGAGGGAGCCCCAGGCGCCACCCCAUCCCGGGGACCCAGCUGCUGCCCGUGGUGGUGGCCGGUGCUGGGGAGACGGGGUCCCCCCACCGCUUCAGGGCCUCAUAAGCGCUCAACAAAUGGGUGUCAUAGGGAGGUGGGGGUGUCCCGGGGGCAAGGUGGACCCCGCCCCAGUCGGGGCUGGUGUGGAGGGAGCCCACAUUGGACACGUCCCUCCACAUGGCAGGUGCUCAAUAAAGGUUCUGUACGUGG